AUGAAUCAGCAACAUACAAUAAAUGUUUCACUGCAACAUUAUGUAAAAAAUCAUAUAAAUACAAAAUGUCUAAAAGCAACAUCGAAAGCAUUAGAAAAGGGAGUUGAUGUUGAUGUUUCUGAUGUCCAUUUGAGAAAGAAACAAAUUUCUUUAAGUAAGGUAACCGUAGAUAAAGAUUCUGUAGAUUAUCAUCUUGCUGUCAACAGUUCAGCGUCUUGGGACAUAAAAUAUUGA